AUGUCGACAUUCAACGUGUUAAGAUACUCCGCUCUCGGCGCUGGUGUCCUCUACGGAGCCGUCCACAGAUACAACUUGGAGUCUGCUGUCAGUGAACAGCACAAGGCCGAGGAAUGGAAGAAGCAGGAGAAGUUGAUAAAGGAGGCCAAGGCUGAGUACGCCAGAUUGCACGCUCCUAAGGACAAGCCAUCUAGCGGUGCUGGUUUGUCUUUGAAGACAUUGGAGGACCCUAACGUUGACUUCGGCAAGGCGUUGGAGUCUUUGGUCCAGAAGUUGGAGGAGGCAGAGCUCAAUAUGACCCCCAUCUCCUCAAAAGACGUCGAUCUACCGACAAGUCCAUCCUCAACCACUGGAGAAACAGAACUACGAGAUAACUCCGAAAAACUUAUUUGUCCAAUAUGCGACGAGGAUAUGGUCUCCUUGAUCCAACUCAACCGACACAUCGAUGACUCCCACACCGGUAAAGAAAAUGAAACAUCAGUCCAGAAAAAAACACCCAUUAAAAAGACCCUAAAACUCGAUUUGUUUGAUGAUAGCAACGGUUUUGGUCUCAGUGACGUCAAUGGAGAAGCUCAAGAAGGAACCCCAGAUACGGGGCUGAAGAGUUCUUUAAAAAGGGCACAUUGGAAGCAGCCCGUUCCCGGAAAACCAAACUAUUGCUCCCAGAAGGAGUGUAAAAAGCUCCUUAAUGUGAGAACCGGAGUUGUCAACUGCCGAAAAUGCGGUUUGCUUUACUGCAAUGACCAUACGAGAUAUCGAGUCAAACUUAACAAUGCAGCAUCCAAAGACACUCUACCUCAGUAUGACUCGUACGGUGUUUUUGCCAGGUCUUGUGAGAGCUGCUACUUCAACAAGCCGCUGGUCAAGUUGGGCACACAAGUCAACAGCAAAGACUUGACAGAGAGCUUUGCCAAAAUACGAACCAGGAAAGUGGCGGAGAAACAAUCGAGACGAGACGUGCUCCAAAAGCGGUUCAUCAAACUCACAAACCUUAUGGCGGAGAACUAUCUAUGGCAUGCCGAACAUAGGAACUCAGUCUUUCUGGUCUUCAAUUCCCCAAGGCCACCUUACAGUACAGAGGAGUAUCUCGAGAAAGAAAAAGAAAUUGUUGGGCACGAGAAUUGGCAGAUCGAUGACGAGAUCACUCACUGUCCACUUUGUUAUGCGAAGUUCAACUUUCUUGUCAGGAAACACCAUUGUCGUCUAUGUGGAUCCAUAGUAAGUGACUUAGCCAUUAACUCUGAAGACAUGUCUUCAAUGUGCUCCUUACAAGUUCCUGCUGGCAUUUUCAUGAAGCUUCUUCCCACUCUUAACUACCCACCUCAUGUCAUCAAUAAUUGGGACACAUUGGUUCUGUUGAAUCAAGAAAAGUCAAGGCAUGCCAGCAUCUUCUCCUUUAGAUGUUGCAAGACGUGCAAAGACACGCUAAUUCCACGUGGUAGAUCAGAUAAUCCCGAAGAAGCCUCUGCCAUAUUUGCAACUUAUGACGAGCUUUUGAUGCUCAAGAUGCACAUUUCCACAUCAUUGCCGCGUUACGACAAUUUGGCUGCAAGUGGUCUUGAGGAGCACACUGACGAGAUUAACAAGCUACGAACAAAACUUAUGAAGUACCUUAAAGACUUCGAAAUCGCAAUCGAAAACUUCAAGCGCGAGCUGUUUCGACUCGAUCCAACUUCCAAGAAAUAUGUUCCAUUAUUCAACCCGUCGCUUGUGACAAAUGUUUAUAAGCUGACUAUUGUGUUCUUACAAGACUCGCUCCUCCACUUCAAACGUAUAAACGACCAUUAUCAGGAAUUGGAGAAGACACGCUUGACUGGGCAAAUUGGUGAACUAAAGCCAUUUGAUAACAACUCCGAGAUUGCCUCACCAAGCCCCGUGCCCACUAAACCUAGGCUCACCAAGAAGCAAAUUCGAGAAUUACGAGAAGAACUCAUGGUCGUCAGCGAGCAGAAAUUUUUGGUUGAGCAGCAAAUGGAGGAGGCUAAACGGCAAAGGCGUUUUGAUGAAGUCUCGGCUCUCACGGAGAAUGUUAACGAAUUAGAGAAGCGCAAGCUGGAAUUAGAGGGCGAAUUAGGCGAGUUUGCCUUCGAAUAA